CCAACGCUCUCUUUGAUGAACUGCGUGUUUCAGGAAGAAGUUGGCGCCUGACGCUGCGUAAUCGGGUAGCUAGCACGCUAACCGCAACUAUGAUAGAUAAUCUCCUGUGUUGAUUUUUCUCUUCGGUGAAACGAAAUAAAUACUAAAUGAAUGAUAUGGAAUUUAGUGUCCCCCUGUCCUCGCUGGCGCUCCUCGUCCCACCGCUCCGUCUGAUGUCGGCAGUGAUGUGGGAAGUUGUCCGGCAGCGAAACAUAAAACACUAUGGCAAACUGGAGGAAUUUGUUUCCAUGGUUACGGAUGCGGUCCCUGAACUCAUGAGCAAACGAGAGGGGAGACUGUUGUCCUUGGGCCUCAGAGCAAGGACAACUCUUGAGCUGUUGCGCUCUGAACACCCUGAAGAUCUCAAGGCUGUAGAGACUCAUCUUAACCGAAUCCGAUCCUCUUGCUUGGAAGAGACGAAUGAUCCUGUAAUUGAAGCACCAGAAGCCAACUUCAUGAAGCUUGUCCAAGGCCUUAUUGAAGACACUGAUGGCAGGGAACAUUUUCUCAAGAAUGUGUUUCCUGUGGAAUAUGGCCCAGACUUUGACACAGCGCUAGAGACUCUUGUUUGUGAGUUCUUCACAAGACUAGAGGAGCUUCUGCCAAUACCAGAUUUUAAACAGACUGCGACUUGGAUCAGUGCCGCCCCUGCUGUCAUGGAAGAAUACAUGCAGUGUGUUUCAAAUGGAGAUGACCUUAAGCUUUUACUCCAGAGCAAACAGUGCCAUGGAAAGUUGGCAAAGACCACUGUUGCUCCUUUUCAGUCAGAAGAUCUCCUGAUUCCAUCACUGUCUCUCCCUCCAUCUCUGGAGGUGGCCAUCGCUUCCCACCCAAGUGCUUGUGAUGACGAAAACACAGACGUCCAACAGAUCGUCAUGUUCGACGAAGAACUUUCCACAAACCCUUCCACUUCCACAGACUUUUCUGAAUCGCCCAAAAGGGCUGAUGGCGCUUCAUCUCCUCGCCGGAGGCAUCAGUCAGGAGUCCACAAAUGUCCCGAGUGUGACAAAUGCUUUAAGCAUCACUCUGUCCUCAUCGAGCACCAGCGGCUCCACAGCGGCCUGCAGCCGUACAACUGCUCUGAGUGUGGGAGGGCGUUCCGAACAGCCACUCUGCUGGCUGGUCACCGGCUGCGGAAGUGUAAAAACGCGGCGUACCUUUGCAUUAAAUGCGGCAACAGCUUUUCCACUUCCCUGGAAAAGUUCCGACAUCACUGCCCGAAACGAAGGCGCAACCACGACUGCGUGCAAUGCGGAAAGAGCUUUCCAAAGUCUAGCGGUCUGAAAGAACACCUUCUAACUCACGCCCAAAACCGACUUUUUAAGUGCAGCCACUGCGGUGCCGGCUUUUCAGGAAUCGGCGACCUGAAAUAUCACCAGCAGGUGGAUCACGAUAAACCUUAUCACUGCAAACAGUGUGGAAAGAGCUUUAUCUCGUCCAAGUCUUUAACCAAGCACCAGCAGCGGCAUGAAGAAGGCGGUGAUAUGGAAACUGUGAAAAUAAUGGGUGGAGGUAAACAUAGCAAAAUUCUCCCUGGUCACCGGACUUCGUCAGUGUCUCUUUCCUACAGGAAGAUGUCUGUUAAAGCCAUCUACGGCGGGGGAAGGGUCACCCAUAAUUGCCCGCUGUGUGGGCGGAGCUUUAAGUACCGCUUUGAGUUUCUGGAACAUCAGCGGUUUCACACGGCAGUGAAGCCUUACAAGUGCUCCCAGUGCGGGAAAGCCUUCCGGACUGAAGCGCAUCUGUCUGGCCACCGGAAGAGGAAGUGUAAAAACGCUGCCCACAUCUGCACCAAAUGCGGCUGUCAAUUCAGAUCCCUGCACGAACGUGUCCGACACCAGUGCGUGCAGCUGUUGACAAAAUAUGAGUGCUCCCACUGCGGCAAAACCUUCAAGAUGGCCCACCUUCUCAGGAACCAUCAGAUGAGCGAGCACCAGCUCCCCUACAGCCCCAACCACCGCUUCAGGUGCCGGUACUGCGACGAAACCUUUCCCGGCAUCAGCGAGCUCAAGUACCACCAGAGGGUGGACCAUGAGAAACCCUACCAGUGCCAGGAAUGCGGGAAGUGCUUCCUGUCCGAGAAGUGUCUGGCCAAUCACGAGCUGCGGCACAACGACGACAGGCCCGAGAGUUGCCUGGUGUGCGGCCGCGGCUUCAGGAACCGCUACGACCUGAAGCAGCACAUGCGCACGCACACGGGAGAGCGACCCUAUCAGUGCACCCACUGCUCCCAGUGCUUCUCCACGGCGGGAGGACUGCGCAGUCACACCAGGGUCCACACAGGAGAGAAACCACAUGUGUGCCCCGACUGCGGGAAAGCCUUCUCACAGAUGGGGGCGAUGCGGACCCACAGACUCACUCAUACUGGGGAGAGGCCGUUCAAGUGCAGCAUUUGUGGCAAGGGCUUCACGAUGGCUCACAAGGUGACGGUCCACAUGCGGGUGCACACAGGGGAGCGGCCGUACGUGUGCUCGCAGUGCGGCAAAGCGUUUUCGGACGGCAGCGUAUUGAAGCAGCACAUGCUGAACCACUCGGGAGUCAGACCGUACCACUGCCAGAUCUGUCCCAAGACCUACACUUGUCUGAACCACCUGAGGAGGCACCUGAAGAGUCACUCAGGCAUGAACUGAGGCCGGUGUGAAGGCCAACAAUGCUGGAUUUGACAUUACAUUUCUGCACUUGUUCAGAAAAACGGUACGCAAGUUUGUGACUAACUGAGCCAGCAUUACAACUUAAAGAUUGAGACUUUAUGGGUUUUUGAGAUUGAAGUGCAAAUGUCAUUUUUGUCUUUGUUGCCAUGUAAAUGUAAGCACAGACUAUUACAACCAGCACAAACAAAUGUUUUCAAUCUUAUAAGCUUUGUUUUCUUCUGUCUGUACAUUUUCCUAAGCUCUUCCAGAACUAUGGGGUGGAGAAUACUUUUCUAAAGUACUUCAGUGUGUGAUUUGUAAAGAGAAACCUGAUCUGUAUUAUCGCAAUUCUUAUUUGUAACUCUAGGAGUCCCAGUAACUCCACAUGUAGGUUUUCAGACGAGCAUGAGGCUGUACGAUAACCAGUGUAGGUAGGUAACCAGCCAGCAGAGUGAUAGUUUUGCAUGCAUCCAAUGAGUCGUGAUACUGCCAGAUUAUUUCAUAGACAUUGCAGUGCAUUUUAUUGUGGACCAUCCAGCCACCAUACUUUGGCUGAUGUAUAUGUGCCGACGUUGUAAUAUUGGCAGGAGUGUUUUUAUUUUCCUUUUGGGGAAAGGGCUUGUGAGACUGAUGAAGGUUCUCCAUUUGUAGUUAUGUUAGAUCAUUAAUACUGAAGGCAUAAUGUAAAAAUGCUAGUUUUCUUUUGACAACUAUGCUUUAUCUGUUUGCUGUGGAGCUUUUUGUAUUUCUUUGGUUGUUUUUGAGUUCCAUAUUAAAUUAGUUUACUUGUUUUAUGCUUGUUUUUCCUUUUCCUUUCUGAUCUACUUUCGAGAUGAGAUAAAAGCUUGAGAAUCACUGUAUCCUGGUGCUAUAGUAAACUGGUAGUCUGGUCGGGUAUAACUCUACAAACUUUGCACAUUUGGAGAUGCAAAUUCUUUUGCAAAGUAGCUCAAAGUCAGUAAGGUUUGGAAGUUUAGGUCUUUUCACAGAUUUUAAACUUUGACUAGGCCGUUCUAAUACAUUAAUACUUUAGUCUAAGGCAUUCCAGUUUAACCCUUGCUGUAUGUUUAGGGUUGCUUGUCAUAAACUAACCAAAUUGCCUCUGCUAUGCAAGCACAUUCCCAUAGCAUAAUGCUGCCACCACCAGAUGUUUUUUUUUGUAGUGACAUACUUUACUUUAUGUGUUAUGCUUUUUACCUUGCAACUUUUAAAAUCCGAACAGUAAUUUUUUCUUUUCUUUUAGAUGAGCUAAAUAAUGUUAUGACUUUUUGAAAAAGGAAAACUUAUCAUUUUUGAUAUCUUCUGAUAAAUGAGAAAAGAAUUCAGGGGUGUAAAUACUUUUGCAAGGCUCUGGAUGAGGUUUACUUACUGAAUGCCAUCAGUAGACGGCAGUAUGUUGCCAAAAAGCCUUUUGUUGAACUAUGUUUUCUAUGUUUUUUUUUUUCCUGAACAAUAAAAUAACUGUAAU